CUUUUUCAUUUUUGUUUGGUUUGGGUCUGAUUUGGGUUUGGAUUUGAACUCCUGGAAAUUGAAUUAUUUCAUUUAAAAUGUCAUUUUUCUUUUUUGUUUUUUGGUUUUGGGUCUUUUUGAUUUUCCUCUCAUUUCAUGGAUAAAAACCCAGUUUUUAGUUUAAAACAAUUCUAAUUGCAGAAGUCAAUCACAUUGGUUUUUGGGAACAUUGAAAAGUGAAGUGCCUUGGAGAACUGUGUUAUUGGUAUAGCCGAUGAUAUGCAACGAUUAGAGGAUUGGUUUAUAGAUCAAUAUUCACAGUAUUCUUUGUCUAAAAUUGAGAAUUGAGUCAUUGGUUUUGCUUCCAAAUUGCCAAAGGAAAAAAAUAUAUUCUUUCUUGUAAAGUUUUUGGAGACGGAAUUUUUGUGGGGUGAUUGUGAGUGAAUGAGAGGGUGAAAGGAAAUGAAUGAGGAAAUUGGGGUUGGAUUUGAGAUACAAUGACUGGAGGGUCAUUGGGUCUACGUACAGGGAGUUAUGGGUCAUUGCAGAACAUCAACAGUGUUGUUGUUGGUGGUGGAGGAUUAUUGCAACCUAAAUCUUUGGUUAGUCUACGAAAGAAUUCAACCAAGAUGCUUUCAGGUUCUAGGGAAAAGGAGAGGUCUCUGCCCUACAUUUGGUGCCGAUAUCUAGGUCGUCGGAAGGUGUCAAUGCUGCUUCUGGUUGCCUUUGCCCUUUUGGUCUUUGUCUUGGGUUCUUUUGUAGUCAACAAAGAAAGCACUAGUCCAAAUGUUGAUCAACGGACUGGAACAUUGGGUAUGGUUCCUUAUGUCAAUGGUGCCCCUAGCAAUCCUGAAGCUUCAAGCAUCCUUGGAAGGAAGGAUAAGCAGAAAGAUGAACAUUAUUCUGUGGUAAACGGUCUGAAAGGAGGUGAUGGAAAUAGAUUUUUAGUUCCCGCUUCUGAAGGUGCUACUGUUUUGCCAUUUAACCAUCCGUGCGCGAAUUUCACAUUUCCUCCUCCCCCUCCACCUAAUCUUAGACGAAUUGGACCUCGCCCAUGCCCAGUAUGUUACCUCCCGGUGGAUCAGGCCAUAGCUAGCAUGCCAAUCUCCCCAUCAGCAUCUCCAGUGCUUCAUAAUUUGACAUAUGUUCAUGAUGAAAAUCCAAUCAAAAGUGAACCUCAUGGGGGCUCUGACUUUGGUGGAUAUCCAUCUCUAAAGCAAAGAAAUGAUUCUUUUGAUAUAAAAGAGUCAAUGACAGUGCACUGUGGAUUUGUCAAGGGACGUAAACCUGGUCACCAGACUGGAUUUGACUUUGAUGAAGCUGACCUUGCAGAGUUGCAGCAGUUCCAUGACAUCAUUGUUGCAUCGGCCAUAUUUGGGAACUAUGACAUAAUGCAACAGCCCAGGAAUAUUAGUGAGGAAGCAAAGAAAAAUAUCCCUUUCUACAUGUUUAUAGAUGAAGAAACAGAAGCAUAUAUGAAAAACAAAAGCAUUUUGGACAGCAGUAAAAGGGUGGGUUUGUGGAGAAUUGUUGUCAUUCACAAUGUUCCUUACAGUGAUGCAAGACGAAAUGGGAAGGUUCCGAAGCUUUUAUUGCAUAGAAUCUUCCCAAAUGUUCGCUAUUCCAUAUGGAUUGAUGGAAAGCUCCAGCUUGUUGUGGAUCCAUAUCAACUUCUUGAGAGAUUCUUGUGGCGUCAAAAUGCUAAUUUUGCAAUCUCGAGACACUACAGACGAUUUGAUGUCUUUGUAGAGGCUGAAGCAAAUAAAGCUGCAGGAAAAUAUGAUAAUUCCUCGAUUGAUGAACAGGUGGAUUUUUAUAAAAAAGAGGGUUUAACACCAUAUUCAGAGGCCAAGCUUCCUCUAACCAGUGAUGUUCCUGAAGGUUGUGUACUCAUAAAGGAACAUAUUCCCAUCACAAAUCUGUUUACCUGCCUGUGGUUCAAUGAAGUUGAUCGUUUUACAUCCAGGGACCAGUUAAGCUUUGCCAUGGUAAGGGAUAAAAUAAUGGCAAAAGUUGAUUGGAGUAUCAAUAUGUUCUUGGAUUGUGAAAGACGCAAUUUUGUUAUACAGGCAUACCACAGAGAUUUAUUGGAGCAAAUGCCUCCACCAGUUGCUGCUGUGACUCAACUCCCACCAGCUUUGCCCAAUAUCAAUACACGUGGAAGAACUCCGGGGAAGAGGAUUCCUAGACAUGGGAGGGAUAAAAGAUCUGGUUCAAGGCGUCACCGUAAGGUUGCUGCUGGUAAUAGAGACAGCAAUUCCUUUUAGCUACUGUCUGAGCCAAAAGAAAAGAAAAAAGGAAGUUGUAGCUCUUUUUUCUUUUUCUUUUCUUCUUUUUUUUUAACAAAAUCAGAUUGCUUCUAAUUGUCACCAAGGAGUAGGAGGAUUAAUUAGAGAAUUUUAGGAUUGCAUAAGGAGUAAAAUGCCAUGCAUUUUUGUCUGAAAUUUUGAUAUCUAUUCUUUUAUUAUUGUACAUCCUGAAUGAGCUUCAUACAAGCUGCUGCCAUUUUCAUUG